UCGGGAAGGCGGUGCGGUGCGGCGCCGCAGCGGGGCCGAGCUCGAGGCGAGCGCGGCGGAAUGCGCGCGUAGCGGCAGCCCCGGCUCCGCCGCCCGGCUGAGCGCAGGCCCCGCGCCCGCACCUCCGCCGCGGUGUCCGCCAUGGAGAAGCCGGGGGAGGGAGAGCCGCUCUCCCACCCGCUGGAACAGCAGCCCGAGCCGCCGCCGCCGCAGCCGCCUGGGGAGAAGCGCUUCAGGCUGUGGUACGUGGGCUCGGCUUGCCUGGACCGGCGCACCACGCUGCCCAUGCUGCCCUGGCUGAUGGCCGAGAUCCGGCGGCGCGGGCAGCGGCAGGAGCCCGGCGGCGCCCUGGGCGGCGGCGUGCCGGCCCGCGAGGUGCUGCUGCUGCUCGGAUCGCCCACGCUGCGCUGCGUGCCCGCCGGCCCCGCCAGCCCCGGCCCCGGGCGGCCCGCCAGCCCCGCGCCCGCCGUCUUCAUCUUCGAGCACAAGGCGCAGCACAUCGCCCGCUUCAUCCACAACAGCCACGACCUCACCUACUUCGCCUACCUGAUCAAGGCGCAGCCCGACAACCCCGACUCCCCCAUGGCCUGCCACGUCUUCCGGGCCACCGACCCCAACCAGGUUCCUGAUGUCAUCAGCAGCAUAAGACAAGUCUCCAAAGCAGCACUGAAAGAAGAUGCCAAACCAAGUAAGGAUAGUGAAGAUGCCUUCUAUAACUCUCAAAAAUUUGAGGUCUUGUACUGUGGAAAGGUGACAGUGGCUCACAAGAAAGCUCCCUCAUCAUUAAUUGAUGAUUGCAUUGAGAAAUUCAGCCUUCAUGAGCGUCAACGCUUGAAACUACUAAAUGAACAGCGGAAUAAUGAAUCGAGUUUGGACUUACCCCUGUGUGAAGGAAAUGCACCAGCUUCUCCGUUGGAUAGCCCAUUUGAGGAGCUGGAAAGUCCAAAUACCACCACAGGGCAUGCUGUGAUGUUUACAAUUGGCAGCCAGAACAACUUGACCAACCUGGUCAGCACUCGUAGCACCUUUCCAGAGCGAAUUUUGGAGGACUCUGGCUUUGACGAGCAGCAGGAGUUUCGUUCCCGGUGCAGUAGUGUCACUGCAGUGAUGCAAAGAAGGGUUCAUGAUGGAAACCUGAAAAUACAGCCACGUAGAAGACAUGCAAGUGCACCCAGUCACGUUCAGCCCUCUGAUUCUGAGAAGAACAGGACAAUGUUGUUUCAGGUUGGAAGAUUUGAAGUUAACCUCAUCAGUCCAGACACCAAAUCAGUUGUGCUUGAGAAGAAUUUUAAAGAUAUUUCUUCAUGUUCUCAGGGUAUAAAACAUGUUGAUCACUUUGGCUUCAUUUGCCGGGAGUCUGUUGAACCUGCGUUAAGCCAGUAUGUUUGCUAUGUGUUUCAAUGUGCAAGUGAGUCUCUGGUUGAUGAGGUAAUGCUUACCUUGAAACAAGCCUUUAGCACUGCUGCAGCUCUUCAAAGUGCCAAGACACAGGUUAAGCUGUGUGAGGCCUGUCCUAUGCAUUCAUUGCACAAACUUUGUGAAAGAAUUGAAGGACUUUAUCCACCAAGAGCCAAGCUUGUAAUUCAGAGACAUCUGUCGUCACUAACUGAUAAUGAGCAAGCAGACAUUUUUGAACGUGUUCAGAAAAUGAAGCCUGAGAAUGACCAGGAGGAAAAUGAACUUGUGAUCCUACAUCUCCGCCAGCUCUGUGAAGCUAAGCAGAAAACGCACAUUCACAUUGGUGAAGCUCCGUCGGCUGCUGCUAACAGUGCGAUUCCAGAAAACACCACCAGUGGUGGCAGGUUUAAACUUGACGUUCUGAAAAACAAGGCCAAGAAAUCCUUGACUAGCUCCCUGGAAAAUAUCUUCUCAAGGGGAGCCAACAGAAUGCGAGGCCGCUUGGGAAGCGUGGACAGCUUUGAGCGCUGCAACAGCCUUGCUUCUGACAAAGACGCUUCUCCGGGCGACUCUCCACCAACCACUCCUCCGGCGUCCCCGGUGUCCUCAGCCUGGCAGCCGUUUCCCGAGGAGGACUUGGACUCCCCCCAGUUCAGGAGGCGCGCUCACACCUUCAGCCACCCUCCCUCCAGCUCCCGGCGGCGGAUAACCUUCCAGAACGGCCGGUCCCUGAGCGCCCGCUCCCCGCUGCUGCGGCAGAGCAGCAUCGAGCCAACGAGUCCUAUUGUUGGGAUUCAGCGCUUUCACAGUGAGAGUGAAUCUGCAUCUCCUGGUCUCCCUUCCUCUCUCUCUGCCCCUUCUUUCCUGAAAACCUUUUACCAGGGCUCAGGAAGGUUGCUCCAGCACUCAGAAAGUGACCUCUCCAAGAGCGAUGGGGAGGGAAAGAAAAGAGCAUCAAACAUCUGCAGCAGUGAAUCUCUAAAUGCUGUGGGGGCCACGCUCACACCUCGCCGCAUCUCCUGGCGGCAGAGAAUAUUCUUGCGGGUAGCUUCACCUAUGAACAAAUCUGCUUCCAAGAUGCAGCAUCCAGAUAGUCAUGACGGAAGUGAAUUGUUACCGCUAUCCCCUCUUGCUCCACCCUUGGAGGAGGACCCUCUUCUUUUAGGAUUGCAAAAUGAGGAUGGUACAGAUAAAACUGGAGAGAAGAAAAACUCAGAAGAACUACAAAGUCUGUGGAGAAAAGCCAUCCAUCAGCAAAUUCUAUUGCUUCGAAUGGAAAAGGAGAACCAGAAGCUGGAAGAAGCAAGCAGAGAUGAGCUCCAAUCAAGAAAAGUCAAACUGGACUAUGAUGAAGUUGGUACAUGUCAGAAAGAUGUCAUAAACGUUUGGGAUAAGAAGUUACUUAACUGCAGAGCCAAAAUCCGAUGUGAUAUGGAAGAUAUUCACGGCAUUUUGAAAGAAGGUGUACCAAAAAGUCGUCGAGGAGAGAUUUGGCAAUUUUUGGCUGUGCAACAUCGAGUCAGGCACAGACUGCCCAACAAGCAGCAGCCUCCUGAUGUCUCUUACAAAGAACUUCUGAAACAACUGACAGCUCAGCAGCACGCCAUCCUUGUAGAUCUAGGACGGACAUUCCCUACGCAUCCUUACUUUUCUACCCAGCUGGGAGCAGGACAGCUAUCUCUCUUCAAUCUCCUGAAAGCGUACUCUUUGCUGGACAAGGAAGUGGGUUACUGUCAAGGUAUAAGCUUUGUAGCUGGAGUGCUGCUUCUACACAUGAGUGAGGAACAGGCUUUUGAAAUGCUAAAGUUCCUCAUGUAUGACCUUGGCUUCCGUAAACAGUACAGGCCAGACAUGAUGUCACUACAGAUUCAGAUGUAUCAGCUGUCAAGGCUUCUUCACGAUUACCACAGAGACCUCUAUAAUCAUCUUGAAGAAAAUGAAAUCAGCCCCAGUCUUUAUGCUGCUCCAUGGUUUCUUACACUGUUUGCAUCUCAGUUUCCACUGGGAUUUGUAGCCAGAGUAUUUGACAUUAUUUUUCUUCAAGGAACAGAAGUCAUAUUUAAAGUAGCACUGAGUCUACUUAGCAGUCAAGAGACAGCUAUAAUGGGAUGUGAGAGUUUUGAGAAUAUUGUUGAUUUUCUUAAAACCACUAUUCCAGACAUGACUCAGCCUCAAAUGGAAAAAAUUAUUACCCAGGUAUUUGAGAUGGAUAUUUCAAAACAGCUCCAUGCCUAUGAAGUAGAGUACCAUGUUCUGCAGGAUGAACUGCAGGAAAAUGUGAAUCUCUGUGAUGAUGGUGAACCUCUGGAGAAGCUGGAGAGGGCAAACAACCACCUGAAAAGGCAAAACAUGGAUUUGUUGGAGAAGCUACAGGUUGCUCAUGCUAAAAUUCAGAGCCUGGAAUCCAGCCUGGAGACUAUUUUGACUCGAGAGAACAAAAUGAAGACUGCAAUUCAGUCCCUGGAGCAGGAGAAGAUAACGUAUCAAAAGACUCUUGAGCAGAUAAUUAAGUAUUUGCCUACAGAAGCAUUGUCUGACUGUGAACUGCUCCUGAAAGAAAUAAACUACAAUCCAAAUAAUAAAACAAAAUAAGGAAUAAGCCAUAAACCAGGGUAUGAUAGGCAGCAUUUCUUCAAAUAUUAAGGGAAAGAAAAGAUGAGUAUGCUGCUUUCAAAGGACUUAGCAAUAGGCAAUGUUAUUAUCCAAAACUAGUGCUGGGACACUUAUAGCUACAGAUGGGCCUUCAAAUCUCAGUAUGCAAAUUCAAGCUAUUAAUCUUUUUUUAUGAUUAUGUAAAUAAAUCACAAGGGGGAAAUAAAGGAUUCUCACAUGUAAUUACGAUGAGUAGAUGUAUAUUUAGAGUUGACCUAAAGGAAAAGGUAAAUUUGAGUACUCAAAGCCAAGAUAAUGGUGAACUACAAUUUCACUCUAGGUGUGCUUAUCUUGUAGUGAAAUGAAGAUAGCGUGUCUUUAUAUGUAUAAAUAUAUAUAUAUAUGUUGAAUAAUACUUGAAGAAGGAAAAAAAAAAAAAGAAUGUAAUUUCCCUCCAAAGAGCAGCAUGUUUCACAUCUUCUGUGGAAAAUCUGUGUGAACUCAUGCGUGCCUCUCCUCAAAUUCUACUGACGUUUUGCGCAUAGACCAGUAAUGCAGAGUAAAUAUCAUGGCCUGGCUCAUGCAGGAGGAGCUCUAGUGCCAUUCGCUGCCUGGGCUGCAUUGGUCAGCGAUGUAAUUCCACAUGCAUGUUGGACCUGAAAAAAAAGCAUCACAUCAGUGUCAAGCCUUUGUAACUCAGACUUAAGAAAUAGGUAUCUAUACACAAACACAGAACUUGUAAAAGUAGCGAUACCUCCUUCCUAGCCUGCUUGUUUCCACCUGGGACUGGUCAGUGAUGAUGUGGGGAAGGAAGUAAAGCUGUUGAGUGGUAUUUAUUCUGAUGUUAAUUUUCCACAGGAUACUUAGGUAGGCACGUUAAAGGUUCUUGUUUAACCAAAGAAAUACUGCAAGAAGCCUUGGCUUAGCUUAAUGGGUGCCAGAAAGGUGUUUUUAAAUUUAAUUUGAAGAGAAAAUUGAGGCGGAUUGCAGGAAGUAGAGCAUUAAAUGCACAGAGAGAGGACCAAGCAAGUUUUAAAGGUGACAUAUACCUUUCAAUUUUCAUAUAGUGAAUAUACAUUUCAAAGGUGAUUCUGAAGUACAGGUGUGGUUUAAUAGUGCUUUUCAGGUUUUUCAUGUUUUAAUCCUGCUUUGUGGUCUCCUUUUAAAAACAACAAAGAAAAGUCAUGGAUUUAUGUGUUCUGAGCAGAAGGUGAGGUAAGCUCUGAUCAUUUCAAGGAAGGAAAUAUCUUUAUAAAAGUUUAAAAAGAUGCAUUUAGAUUUGAAAAUGUUUUGGAGUGGAAUUUUGGAGAAAUCUUAGAUAAAUUUGUAUAGACACGUAUUUUGGAGUGCAUGUCUGAACUGUUAAUCGGGUGUUACUGUGGCUCACGUUAUCUCUUACCAUUUAUACUGUAUUUCAGGAAACACUUAGUUUUUUUAAACAAAAGCAAUGAAGCAAAGUGCCAAAUCCAGCAGUGUCUUUAUGCAUAAGAUUGUCCAAUUUAGAAAGCCGAGUAUUACACUUUCAUGUAAUCUUUAACACGAUUAAAAGGGAGGAACAACAAUGCUGAUUUGCUGCACGCUGCUGCGGAACUAAAGGGUUUGGGGUCUAUUGGUUUUUAUUUUAUUUUAUUUUCUACUUCCUUGGUGUUUUACUUGAUUAAAAAUAUUGAUUUACUUAAUGAUCUUUCUUUUCACAGCUGGGGUGCAAGGUCUUAACACUGUGUAUAAAUUUAUGUGGAAUCUGUCUAAGUAUUUCAGGAAUGUUGUAUUGUACCAGGUGGGAAAAUGCCAAGUGAAAAGGCAGUUCUCUUGCUGUUUUGUUCAAAGUAAGUUUUAGCUGAUGUACAUACACAAAACCAAUCCCAGGAACUGCAGUAGUGUGUAUUAGAAAGAAUCAAGGUUAUUCAGAUGCAUCUUUUUUUAAGAUGGGCUGAAUAUGCUUUAUCCUCUGUUUUACUUAUCAAAUUUUUCAUGUGAUGCCUGGAGAAAUUCCAAUAAAUGUCAUUGCUGCAUUUCC